ACACACGGGACUCUGCAGACCCGCCUCCUCGAUGUCAGAGAUUGAGAUUUUUUUCAGUUGACGUGUGUGGAGCAGAAAGAGACACGGGGAGAGAGAUCGCGAGAGUGUGUGUGACCCGAAGAGAGACACUCCACACCUUCAUGGAGGCACUUGCACCCCUCAAUCUGAUGUUUGCCUGACACCAUGUGUGGGAGACGUGAAAGAAACUCACCUGGACGUCACGAUGAAGACUUCUCCUUUGUCAGCCCCGUGGUCAAAUAUCUACUCUUCAUAUUUAAUUUCGUCUUUUGGCUCAUCGCCAUGGCCAUGAUCGCUAUCGGUGUGUACGCCCGCGUCGUCAAGCAUGCAGAGACGGCGUUGGCGUGUCUCGCCGUGGAUCCGGCCAUGAUGCUGCUGGUGGUCGGCGUCCUCAUGUUUAUCAUCACUUUCUGCGGCUGUGUGGGCUCGCUGCGGGAGAACAUUUGCCUGCUGCAGUUUUUCUGCAUCAGUCUGACUGUCAUCUUCCUGCUUCAGUUAGCUGCUGGAGUGCUAGGAUUCAUCUUUUCUGAUAAGGCCCGUAACAAAGUCACGCAAAUGGUCAACAACGCCAUCGUGCACUACAGAGAUGACAUGGACCUGCAGAACCUCAUCGACUUUGGCCAGAAAGAAUUUGCCUGCUGUGGAGCCAUGACCUACACUGACUGGUCCAACAACAUGUACUUCAACUGCACCGCCAACAAUCCCAGCCGGGAACGCUGCUCUGUCCCCUUCUCAUGUUGCAUCAUCACCAAAGAAAAGGUGGAGGUGAUUAACACCAUGUGCGGGCAAGGCAUGCAGGUCGUGGAAUACAUCGAUGCCGGCAAUGUCAUCCACACCAACGGAUGCAUCGACAAGGUAGUGGACUGGAUUCACAGUAACCUCUUCCUGUUGGGAGGCGUCGCGCUGGGGCUGGCCAUACCUCAGUUGGUGGGCAUCCUGCUUUCUCAAAUGCUCAUCAGCCAAAUUAAAGACCAGAUUGAGCUGCAGAAUUACAACCUGAAACAUCGCGCCGACCCGUGGAGAUGACCAGUCAGAGCCACCUGCCUCACAUGUGUGACACCAGCAACAAUUUUGACCUCUUCUCUUGACCUUAAUGUUAUUUUUGUUUGGGAUGGAAGUGGGGGGGAGGGGGGACUGAAACAGUCACUUAAGUUGGAACAACUUUAAAAUGUAAAUUAUUGACAUUAAUAGCAACAAUGUUCGCUAGCACAACAAAGCUAGCUGUUUUUUACUUAUCACUAUACUUAUUUGAAUUGCCCAUCGUAAAAUGGAGUUCAGGGUGGGGGGGGGGGAUAAAACACUCACUUAAGUUGGAACAACUUUAAAAUGUAAAUUAUUGACAUUAAUAGCAACAAUGUUCGUUAGCACAACAAAGCUAGCUGUUUUUUUACUUAUCACUAUACUUAUUUGAAUUGCCCAUCGUAAAAUGGAGUUCAGCCAACUUUUAUUUUCACUAUACGUACAGUGCACACCUGUGUUACGUUGGCAUCCAUGAUGCUGCAUAUGUGUAAAAAGGGACGUAAUAGUGAUUUUUUUUUUAAACAGAAAUAAUCUCGUUUCGCAAUGCCAAUGUGAUUUCCUCAAGAUACUUUUAGUGCCAUGUUACAUGAGUUUUUGGAAACUUUUUCAGUUUGACAUUUUAUUUAAAUGUUACCUCUGUGUUACAAACCUGGAAACGUUCUAAGGAUAAUUAAGUGUUCGGCUGUGCUGCGUGACAACAAAAAUAAAUUGACUGUAAAUCAGUCGGAAGUCACAAAGGUCUGUGCAUUUCUUGACUGAAUCAACUUGGUGGCGAAUGUGCUGACA